UGAAUCUCCUCUACAUCAGGAACCUUUCAGGUAAAUCUACACUCUUCUGGCCCAUUGGUUCUUGAGAAAAUUUUCUUUAUAUAUUUGCAUGUAUAACUUUGAUCCCCUAUUGUGGCCCCAACAUACCCCCGGGACUCAUGUUUUUAACAAACUUGAAUCUCCACAAUGUCAGGAAGCUUUCAUGUAAAUUUCAGCUUUUCUGGCCAAGUGGUUCUCGAGGAGAAGAUUUAGUAAACAUGCAUGAUUAAACUAAUGAUUACUAUGCUAAUUUUGUAUCUUUAUAAUGAAUAAAUCCGGCAUUAAAAUACAAUGUAUUUCUCUAAUAAUUUUACAAAGAAAAUGUAUACCUAUGAUCAUUAAAGCAUUUUGAUUUUUUUUUUCCUUUCCAAUUUCCAAAAACAAUAUUUACAUAAGAGUUUGUUUACACCAAAGUUUUGAGUUUUAAAAAUCCAUAUACAGUAAAACUCGAAUAUAGCGAACACGGAUAUAGCGAAAUUACGGCUAUAGCGAAGUGAAGGUGAUUUCCCCGGCAAAUUCUUUAUAUGUUCUAUAUAAAAAUCUGUGUUUAUAACGAACACGGAUAUAGCGAAUUUACGGAUAUAACGAAGUAAAUUCACAUUCCCCUUGAAUUAAAAAUGAACGUAAAAAUCAACUUUUAUAACGAAUUUUUUUUUCAUGUUAAAUUUGAUGUGAUUCUAAACAAUCGCUUUCAUCUUACAUAAAUUUUAUCGUACACUCCUUUAUUUGUGUAAAGCAGUAAUAAAUGCCAACUGCGGUAGCUGUGUGGUAACAUGAACUGUCUUGGGACCAGAUGAUCCCGGUUCAACUCUGCUGUGCUGCACAUUUUUUUCUGUUUUCAUUUUCUUGGAAAAUAUUAUUUGAUAAGCUAAUGAUAAAAUAUAACAUAAAUUUAAUGAAAAAUAUACAAAUUUAUAAAAUCAUAAAUAUUUAAACAUAACAAAAUGUCACAAAUAAAGGAGUGUACGAUAAAAUAAAUCCGAUAAAACUUCAAAUUAACAAGAGCUGUGUUCACAAUCUGAGCACGGCUCAAGUCAUCUGUUCUCCCUUGAACCAGCUUAAAAUGUCGUCUCCGAGUAGAAAGCGGAAGGCCAUAUCUUUAGAGACAAAGUACGAAAUUCUAAAAGAAAUUGAAAAGGGUGGACGACCUAAGAAGGAAAUCGCAGCCAAUUUCAGCAUCUUGCCUAACACAUUGAGCACAAUCAUCAAAAAUAAGGACGAUAUUAUCAAAAAUUAUGAAUCUCUAAAUCUGUCGCCUCAACGGAAACGGCACCGGUCCGUGUCACAUCAGAAUGUAGAUGAUGCACUCCUGGAAUGGUUUAAGGAAAAACGCAAAGACAAUCUGCCACUUAGUGGACCAAUUCUACUACAAAAAGCUGACGAACUUGCUAAAAAACUCAGCGAUUCUUCGUUCAAGGGUAACACCGGUUGGUUGGAUCGAUUUAAAAAUCGGCAUGGAAUCGUCUGUCGAACAAUUAACAGUGAAAGCGGUUUUGUUGAUCCCCAGAUUACAGAGGAUUGGAAAGAGAAAUUAGGGCACAUUAUAAAAUCCUACCAACCUUGCGACAUCUUUAAUGCUGACGAGACUGGACUUUUUUAUAAACUUUUACCCGAGAAAACACUACAACUUAAAGGCGAGGACUGUCAUGGCGGUAAGCGCUCCAAAGAACGCCUCACUGUCAUGGUGUCAUCAAAUAUGGAUGGGUCUGAAAAACUCAAACUAUUAGUGAUCAGGAAAUAUGAAAAUCCAAGGUGUUUUAAGGGUGUAAAAUCCCUACCCGUGACAUAUAAAUCUAAUAAAAAAGCGUGGAUGACAAGUUGUAUUUUUGCACAAUGGCUGAAAGACCUUGAUAGGAAAUUCACAAGAGAGAAAAGAAAAGUGUUGUUAUUUAUUGAUAACUGUGCUGCCCACCCAAAAAUUGAAAAUCUCAAGUCCAUCUCCCUGAAGUUUUUCCCACCAAAUACAACAAGCAAACUUCAACUUAUGGAUCAAGGGAUCAUCCACAAUUUGAAAGUGAAAUAUAGACAUAGAUUAAUAAACUACAUGCUAGAGGUAAGAAUACAAAUAUUCUCUCUUCAUUUUCUAUAAAGAUUGUUAAACAAAUUAAGGCACAGGUGUGACUGACACGCGUGAUUACGGAUUCACGCGUUUGCCUGCGGGGUACAUGUAAUUACCUUUACAUAAUGGGUGGUCAACCGAUAGGUGUCUAUUGAUCUAUUGAAAUAUGCUUAGGUGUGUUUUAAAAUCAAUUACUGUUACAAAAUUUUUCAUUGGAUGUUUUUAAAACAAACCUCUCAUUCGAGCAUAUACUUAAUUUCAGUACGAUGAAAAGAAAAUUACACCUGUUGUUCAUGUGUUGAUGGCAAUUAGAAUUCUCAAGACGGCUUGGAAUGAUGUCAGUCAGACUUGCAUUAUCAACUGCUUUAAUAAGGCUGGAUUCGAGGCUGAACUCGCUAACCCCGAUGUCGAUGAGUUUGAAGAGGACGACAAUAUUCCAUUAGCUUUACUUACGGUAACGUUUGCGGACAAUGCAUUGUCAUUUGAUGAUAUUGUGAAUGUCGAUGAAAACGUCGUGGCUGUGCAAACACGAUCAGAGGAUGAAAUAGUUCAGGAUAUUUUAGGCAAUGAUGCCAGUCAUGAGAGUGCUGAGGAGUCCUUAGAAACGGAAGUGCAUCUUCCAAAUCUGUCAGAGGCAGUUAUCUCCCUCGAUACACUACGGCGGUAUUUGGAGACGAGAGAAAACGUUCCCGACACAUUUUUUUCUCAACUUUGUGAUAUUGAGAAAUUUAUUAACAAAAAAACGACACAGUCUACGAUUGACAGAUAUUUUAAAAAGACAUAGAUUGUUUGUAUAUAUUGCACAUAAUUUUGUUGACAUUUUUCUUUUCUACAUGUACUUAUGUGAUUAAAUAAUCCAUCAAGAAAAAUAAUCUGUAAA